AUGCGCUCAGCUCAGAUCUUACCACUGCUGACAGGAAAGGCCGCUCUGGCGGGAGGCGGGGGGGGCCGCGCCAGCGCCGGGAGCGCGCCGGGGCCGGCCCUGGCUGAGCGGAAGCACCGCCUCCGCAACGUCCGGAACCAUGCCGACCAUAUUUGGCAUUUCCUCCGUGCCUUUUGUGGCACUUCCGUGGCCCAAAAAAGGAGCUUCCUGCUCGGGCUUUCCGGGGCCGAGACGCGCAGACGUCGCGGUGCUGCGCAGCACGCUCUCCCUCGUUUCCCCGCCCCUUUUUCCCCCUCCGCUUCCCCCGUCUUCCCCCACCUUCUCCCCCCACCUUCCCCCCUUCUGCCCCCCUCUUCUCCCACCCUCUUCUCCCUUCUCUUGGGGUGGGCUCGGGAGGCCCUCUCUGGGGAGGGCGCGAGCUCCGCACCAACCACGGAUCACCCGGCUGGCAGCUCCGGGCAGCGGAASRCUCUGCUCUGCAUCGGGCCGAGCGGCGGSYCGCWGCCCUCCCUGGGGCUCCCGAGGGCCGCCGGAGGGCAGGCUGGCYGUCAGCGCUUCCUCGCUGCCGGCUGCUGUUCCUUUUCGUUAAUAGGGACUGAGUCGCUCUUCCUACACGCCUCCGAAAUAGAAAGAAGGAGCUAAAAAUUAGUUCGGGCAUACUCGGAGCGCAGUACGUGCUGUGGCACGCUGUGUGGCUUGUUGCAUCGUGCCCUUUCGUUUUCUCGAAGUGCCACUGGAGACCCUCUGUACAGCUGGUAAAAUGCA